AUGUGUACCCCAUGUGAGAUCUCACUACAGAGAUUAGAAGCCUCAAGUGCCUCGGUCACCCUGUGUCUUCCAGUGAAUGUGACAGGAAGCUGGUGUACUUACUGUUGUAACCAGGACCAGCUAGUGCAGCCCAUGACUGAGGCAAAGGCCAAGGACAUUUCUGAGGACCAGAAAAGGUGUCUCCAGCUCGUUUGCUCUGUUUCCUCAAGUGGCGAUACCCGAACUGGGGCAGGGGAGGAGUGUCUUCGAUUUUGUAGCUGCAGCCUCAGAGCCUUCUGCAGUAGAGUGCUGGCUGAGAUCCAGGCUAACCCAGAGCUCUGUGUGAGUGAUGAACAGGACAGCUGUCCUUCAUAUGCUCCAAAAGGGACAGCACAAGAUCCAGAGUCACAGAAGCCAUCUUCACCAGCUCCCUCGGACAAGAAUGUCCUGAACAGAAGUAGUGAAGGAAGGCUAAGCUUUAUUAACGGAAAAUCACAAGCUCCUCCAGGUUGGGAUGAAGGUACUAACAGCUUCUCAGACCCUCCUCAGGGCGUUUCUCAUGUCUGCAACCUCUCUGCAUCCUGGUACCACCCUGAGAGUUCCAGUCCUCUCACUCAGCAUCCUCCUGGGGCCAUCUUGGUGACACAGCCUGAAAAUGCUGGGCACUUUGCCAUCUGCUGCUUCCCAGAAACAGAUGCUCAGACACCUCCAGCUCUGGGAAUUCGUGUUCACGUGACUUCUGGAACAGCUCUUUGUCUGCUGCUGGACUUUGGGGACAGUUGUGGAGCUAAGAUGAGACUGUGUACAGUGACAGGUGCAACUACUAUGACUGGCUACUACCAGUACAGGAAAGAAGGAGUCUAUAAGCUCAAGGCUAUUGUCCAUCACUUUCAUGGAGCUGAGGACCUGGGGCCCUACUAUAUGGACAUUGGCCAUGGGAAUGUGUCUGUAUUCAUGAAUUCCAGCUCUAUCCAUGAUUGUGAAGCUCUUUCCUUUGCUGAUUCCCUUCCACAGCAGAAAGGCACAGUCGUGGUGCAUUGGUUUUCAUCUGUUUCUUCAUACAAUGUGUCUUUUAUUUCUCACACCCCAGUGGGCAGCAGCCAGGCUUGGCGUGGUGUGACUGUCGGGUAUAAGAUGCAAUCUGUGUCUGUCUACACCAAUGGAACUGUGUUUGCUGCAGACACAAACAUCACAUUUGUGGCUGUUACUGAGGAAACUAUACCCCUGGAAUUUGCAUGGUAUUUUGGAGAAAAUCCACCAGUGACAACAACUUCCAGAAGCAUUAGAAGAAGGCUGAGCAUCCCUCAGUGGUAUCAUGUGAAGGUCAAGGCCACCAGCAGGAUUGGCAGUGUGGUGUCUGAGCCCCACCUCAUCAGAGUACAGAAGAGAAUCAUGGCCAAUCAGCUCGUGUCCACUGCCUCAGCCCUCAUAAAUGCCAAUGUGUCCUUUGAGUGCAGGCUCAACUUUGGCACUGAUGUAGCCUACCUUUGGAACUUUGGAGAUGACACCAUUGAGUUGGGCAGCAGCUCCUCCAGCCAUGUCUACAGCAGGGAGGGAGAAUUCACAGUUGAAGUCCUUGCCUUCAAUAAUAUCAGCUCCGCUACCCUAAGAAAGCAGCUUUUCAUUGUCCAGGAGCCUUGCCAACCACCCCCAGUGAAGAACAUGGGGCCUGCGAAGGUGCAGAUCUGGAGGUCUCAGCCGCUGAGACUAGGAGUAACGUUUGAAGCUGCCAUCCUCUGUAACAUUUCCCAAGGGCUUUCCUACACCUGGAGGUUUGUGGGUGCUGAGGGGACCGCUGUCACCCUCCCUGCUGCUGUCAACACCCACAGACAGACCAUCCUGCUGCCAAGCUACACCCUGGAGUAUGGGAACUACACCGCCAUCGCCAAGGUUCAGAUCAAGGGAAGCAUGGUGUAUAGCAACUACUCUGUCGGGGUAGAAGUUCAAGCUAGGGCACCUGUCAGCGUGAUCUCUGAAGGCACACACAUCUUCAUCUCCAAGGACACCUCAACUUCCAUUGUCCUCAGAGGGUCCCAGUCCUAUGACCCUGACAACCCAGGGGCUACUCUCAGGUAUCACUGGACUUGCACAGCGGCCAGCUCAUCAAGGUGGCCCUGCUUUGAUGACUCUACUCCAUACCAAGUGGACACUCAAGCUCCUGCCAUUUCCUUCCCAGCAAAAUGGCUCAGUGAGUGCUGUGACCAGUUCCUUGUGACACUGACAGUCUCCAACAGGGGACGGAACUCAUCACAGGCCUUGGUGUUCCUGUCCACCCGUCCUGACCCGGCCUUCAGAUUCGUCCACAUCUCAUGGGUCAACUUUAGAGACAUCUCUGUGAACUGGAAUGAAGAAGUGUCUCUCCAAGCUGUAUGUGAAGACUGUAGAGAUGUCCCAGACCUCACUUACUCCUGGGACCUCUUCCUAGUCAAUGCAACAGAGAAGAGUGCAAUGGAAGUCCCCUUCUGUAGCACUGUGGGGCUGCUGGGUAUCUCAGCACUUGGGGCCAGUCUGAAGUCAUCUGAGUCCUACCUGCCAUCAAAUCUGAGAGCAUUGCUGACACCACACUCCCCAGAGCCUUCACCCUCGCCCCUGGGCUGGACAGCUCUUUCCAACCUGGGAAGUGUUUCUGCUGAGUCCACAGCUGGUAGCCACCACGUCCCUGCUGCAGGACCUGUGGCAGGCUCAGGAGAGCCUAUGGAGGACUAUGGCUCACUGAGUCCAGCACAAAGUCCCCUGGCUGAGGACGCCUUGAUGGUGAGCAGCUCUGAGGGAAGCUGGCCCGCCCCCAGUUCUUCCACUGACUUUGAUGAUUUUGAAGCCUAUUACAGUGACAUCCAAGAAGCAGUGCCAUCCCUAGGAAGACAGCCAGGGGCUAGUACAGACUUCCAGGAAGCAGGACCAAGCCUGAGUGCUGAGGAGAGUGCCAAUUAUGGGGACAACCUGCUGGGCCCUUUCCUCCAGACAGGCAGAGCAAAGCCAACUCUCAUGAUCGACUGGCCCAAGGCCCUGGUCAGCCAAGCUGUCUUCCAUGGCUACACCACAUCAGGUAUCAUGGGAACAGCUGUGACAAUAAAACCAUUCUCACUGAGGAGUGGUGAGAUGUAUGUCUUACAAGCUUCUGUAGCUUCAAAGCAUGUCUUACUGGGCAAGGCUCAGCUCUACUUAACAGUCAACAAGGCUCCACAGGGCAUGUCUUGUCAGGUGCGACCUCACCGUGGUAUGGAGGCACAUACCAUCUUCAGUGUCUUCUGCAUGUCGGGAAAACCGGACUUUCAUUAUGAAUUUCAUUACCGGAUAGGAAACACUUCCUCACAUACCCUGUACCGCGGACAAGAUACCCAGUAUUAUUUUUUAUUGCCAGCUGGUGAUUCUUCAGACAAUUACAAAGUCAUUGUUUCAACUGAGAUCACAGAUGGCCAAGGCUCCAAGGUGCAGCCAUGCACUGUGGCGAUAACUGUGCUACCCCAGUACCAUGGAAAUGACUGCCAUGACAAGGACCUAUAUAACUCCACCCUGGAAAACUUGUCUACUCUCCAGCUGGUGGGAAGUUACAUGGAAAUCAGGAACUACAUUACCAUGAUCACUGGGAUCCUGAGCCACUUGUAUAUGGAGAACAGAAACACUUCUUCGUGUGGUCAAUGGUCACAAAUACAGGAUGUAUUAAUUUCUUCAGCAUGCAACCUACCUUAUACAGAUCAGGAAGCAAUGAUGGAUUCUAUUCAUAUAUUGAGAGACCUCAUAAGCUUCCCUAAUAAGUUGAGCUUGACAAGUGCCAUGCGCAUCUUCAAAUACGCCCAGAUGUUCCUUGCUCAAGGUCAGUUCUCCAGGAGGUUGCUGGUCAACAAACAACUAAGAGUUGAAUUUGUCCUUCUCAUCUCUGGAGUCUGGGAAGCUGCCAAAGAGGAUUCGAGGGAUGGGGACUAUCUGCAAGAAGAAGGCAUGAAGAUCAUCUCUGACAUGUUACUAGCCUGUCUCUCCUUGAGCCACAAGCAUCAGAUUCACAUAAGCACCGGGAAGAUGGAGUUCCAGACCCUUCUCCAUCAUAGCCCUCAGAGCUCUAUCCAGAACCUAGGCUUUGUUCGGGUACAUUUGCCCAGUGACCUGGCCUUGCACAGUCCUACUCAAGAGGAAACACAAAGCCCAUGCUAUAUCAGCCAGCUCAUGUUCUUCAUGAAGAGUCCAUAUCCAGGGGGACACGCUUCUGGGCAGGUGGGUAGUGUCAUGAGCCCUAGGCUCUAUAGCUGCAAGAGCAGACGACCUAUCCUCAGAGGACUACUGGAGACACCCAUGACUAUGGAGUUUGGGAAAGAAGACCACCUGCACAAGAGAAAUUCAGCCAUGUUUGUAUUGCUUCGAGAUGAGGUGAACGUCCACCGGUUCACUGGGCUUUCAGAAAACUCCCAGGAAUCUUUACAGAUACACAUCGAAUUCUCUAAGCCUGUUACAAGAGCCUUUCCCAUCAUACUGUUAGUAAGGUUCUCUGAGAAAGCCACACCUUCUGAUUUUCUUGUGAAACAGGUCUACCUCUGGGAUGAGCAGACUGUACAAAUGUAUGUACCUGCUGUUCCAUGGAAAGGAGACAAUGUGGGAUAUUUAUCCCUAUUAGAUGCUGAUUAUGACAGGAAACCUCCAAACAAAUAUCUUGCUGGUGCUGUAAACUAUACAGUGCAUUUUCAGUGGAUCCAAUGUGUGUUUUGGGACAAGACAGAGUGGCAAUCCGAAGGUCCCUAUCCGCAGCCAGGGACUUCUCCUGAAAGAGUCAACUGCAGCUACCGUCACCUUGCGCCUGUCUCCAUCCUAAGAAGAAAGCUGAAUGCUACCUUUGAAGUGAGCAGCAUUUCUGAGUUUCAGAGUCAUCCACACAACUUGCUUCCCAGUAUGUUCAGUGUGUUUUUCUUGGUUCUUUAUGGAUUUUGGGUGAGUAAAAGCAAAUGUGUAGAUUGCCAUGAGAAAAAGAAUCCUGGUUAUAUUUUUCUGGAAGAAGAUACACCACCUGGCCACCAGCUGUAUGCAGUCAUCAUUGACACUGGCUUCCGGUCACCAGCCAGAUUUACCUCAAAGGUUUUCAUUGUUCUAUGUGGUGAAAAUGGAUGCUCAGAAACCAAAGAACUCUGCUGCCCAGAGAAGGCCUUGUUUGGAAGAAAUUCCAGGCACACCUUCAUCCUGAGCACGCCUAACCAACUGGGUCCACUCCAGAAGAUCCGCCUCUGGCAUGACAGUAGUGGACCUUCCCCAUGCUGGUUCAUCAGCCACGUGAUGGUGAAGGAGCUGUGCUCAGAACAAGCCUGGUUCUUCUCUGCUCAGUGCUGGCUGACUGUGAGCAAAUGGGGUGGCCAUGUAUCUCGAGAGCUCUUCUGCCUGAGCCAUGGUCUCAGUUUCUGGAAGCUGUUCUACUCAAAGUUCACGGAGUACCUGGAGGAGUUCCACAUCUGGUUCUCACUGUACAGUCAGCCCCCAUCCAGCAGCUACCUCCACACACAGCGGCUUGCCGUGUCCUUCUGCCUGCUGUGUGUCUACUCAUGCCUCACUGCCCUGGUCACUGUAGGAGGACAUGAACAGCACCUCCUGGAUGUGGGUCCCACAGCUAUCACUCUGGAAUCCCUCAGUCUGGCUCUGCUAUGCACCCUCCUGGCCUGUCCAGCUGCACAGCUCCUGUCACUGCUCUUCAGGUGCAGCAAGGAAGCCAGAGGGAAUCUACGGGCUUCGCCACAGUGGUCUCUAAGAGGAGUGAAGACAGAGACACCUCAAGCUUCCAGCAGUCGUUUUGAAGAACUUGGACCCCAGCAGUCAAGGGUCUGUCUGCUCUGGUCAAGCUCUGUGGCCUGGGUCAUCUCUCUGUCAGCUUCCCUGGCCUGUGGUUUGGGGACAGGAUUCCUAGGCUACAGGUUUGUGCCAGUGCAGUGUAUGUGGUGGCUACACCUGCUGCUUCUCUCUCUGGUCUGCUGUGCAUUCAUCACCCAGCCACUCAUGAUCUGUUUGGCAGCACUGGCCUUUGCUUGGCAAUGGAAACAUGACAGCGGAUUUUUUACCAAGUCUUUACAAGAUGCAACCAAGGAUCUGGAUUUGGAAUUGGAAGAACGUUCCAGAACCCACAUUCCUCUUUCUCCUAUCUCCUAUAGUCCUGACAGUGCUGAGGAGGCUGAAAGGGUCUUGGCUGCCCGACGACAAGAACGCCACCUGCGCUGGUCUCAGACACCAUCCAGGGCCAAGUUCAGAGUGAUUAGGAAGAGACUGAGGAGAGAGAGCCUCUUGCAGGCAGCCCUGAGAGACGUGACCAUGCACAGCAUCAUGCUACUGCUGCUUUUGUUUAUAGCCUAUGGGAGAUUCUGCCCAGGUGAAUAUUCUCUCAAUCAAGCCAUCAGGAAAGCAUUUACAAGAAAUGCCAAUCACUCCUUGGAAGACCUCAGCAGCACAGAAGACUGGUGGGACUGGACACUGAGCACACUUCUCGAUGAGCUGUACCCAGAGAGAGUAUCUGCUAGAGCCUGGGGGGCUCAGCCUGCAGCUCUUGGAGGGCAGUGCCACCUAAUAGGCCCCCCAGUGAUCAAGCAGCUGAAGGUUUCUGCUGGCACUGCAUGCACACCUCCCAGGCCAUUCACAGAGCUUGUGGAAGAUGUACUCCCUAUGCACAGUCAUGACCUUGACCUUGAAAACCGAAGUGUGACCCCUGGUGGUCCUGAGACCUGUGGUAUGAAGAAAGAGAGCUACAUGCAGAGCCUAGGAAAAACAAGGCAUGAAGCCCAUGCAGCUCUGACUGCCCUCAGGGCCAGCAGGUGGAUUGACCGCAGCACCAGGGCCAUGUCUGUGCACUUCACUCUCUACAAUCCUCCAACACAACUCUUCUCAAGUGUGACCCUGGGCGCAGAAUUUCUCCCCACAGGACGCCUUGUCCCCUCAUCCCUGGUAGAGUCCUUCAGCAUCUUCUAUAGUGACUCAGCCCUAAAGUGCCUUCUUAUGCUUUCUGAGCUACUGUUCCUGGUACUCAACAUGAUCCACCUCUGUUUCCAGCUCUGGGGGAUGGCAACCAAGGGUGUCCUCAGCUACUGGAGAAAAGCUAGACACUGGCUGGAGCUCUCUACUGUUGGAGUAGCACUGGCCUACUAUGCAGCCUCUGGUCACCUCACUAUUCUUGCUGAGAACAUCACUGACCAGUUCCACAAAGGACUUUAUCAGACGUUUGUGGACGUCAGCCUGAUGGUGUCAUGGAAUCAGAAGGCACGAUGCCUCCAGGGAAUCCUCCUGUUCCUCUGGAUGUUGAAAUGUGUUCAUCUCCUCAGCUCUCUAAACACCAUGACACCCUUCUCAGCAGUGACCUGUUCCCCUCUCUUCAGAGUCUUGAUGCUAGUGCUGGUGGGGGCCCUAUUGCUGGCCGCCCACUCCCACUUGUUCUGGUUUCUGCUCUUCACCCGGACAUUGUCACAUGGCACUUCUGCAGAGGCAUUUCCUGGGAUACUGCUUCAAUUUCCAGAAAGAAGUCAAAAAAACUCAUGGCACAAUCGUUUGGAGUCUGACCACGGAGCUGUAUACUGUUACUAUGGGAUCCUCUUUCUGUUGCUGGCUACUCUGGGUUUCGGAAUGCUGAGAGCUGCCUUCCUGACUGUUUUCCAAAACAGAAAGUCUUUUCACAGAAAAUCUCUUGUGACAGUUAAAGACAUUGCUGUUUACAUGUGGCAUAAAGUUCUCACCCUUCUGGGACUGGAAACAACUUUAGGAGAGACUGAGGUGGCUACGGACCAUAUUUAUUACCUGGAUGAAUUUUCAAGUCUAUUGGAUGAACUUCUGAUGAAGAUCGAUGGUUUGUCUGACAGCCUAGAGCUUUCUAUCUUAGAAAAACAGUGGAGGAGGACAGUGGAGCUGAGGGCAGGGAACAGUCCUUCAGUUGGCAUUUCAGAGUACCAAGCUACUGGGCUGCUUCCCUUAACUCUGCCAGUUUGUGAGGUGCCCUGGGGAUGA